AUGUCCCGCCAGAUCUACCAGCCACUGCACCCAGCGGUCCGCCCACUGCUCGACCCGCAGUAUGUGGCAUUCCACGAUGCACACAUGCAGUAUGUGCAGCAAGACGACUCCAAGGUCUGGGAUGGCAGUGCGCGGACCAAGCCGUCCUUACCGCCGGGUACGCUGGAUGUGGUCCCAGUGGGGUCGACAGAGGACAUUGACGUGGCGACACUGAACGGCAAAACCACGUUUCCGAUGCGUGUGUUCCGGCCGUCUUCAUCGUCGCCAUCGCCUUCGUCGACAUCGUCGUCGACUCCUCCUCCAAUCUUCGUCUGGUGCCACGGUGGCGGCUGGGCGAUUGGCAGCGUUGCGAGCGAAAACGACUUUUGCACGCGCGUCUGUGAAGGCGCCGGCGUGAUUGUGUGCUCGGUGGGCUACCGUCUGGCACCCGAAGACCGGUUCCCUGCGGCGGCGGACGAUGCCUAUGCAGCUCUGGUGUAUGCAUCGUCCGACGAGGGUGGGAAGCGUAUCGGGGGCGACCCGGCCCGAGUGGCGGUGGGAGGAACGUCGGCUGGGGCGACACUGAGCUGUGUCGCUGCUCUGCGGCAGAUUGAGGCGCUCGGCACCAGCACGUCACCGCUCCGCGGCUGCCUCUAUAUUGUCCCCGUGGUGGACAACACGGCGACGGUCGAGACAGCAUGGCAGCCAAACGCAACGACCGCGCCGUGGCUGACACCCGGCCGGAUGCUGUGGUACCGGCGAAUGUACAUGCCUGACGAGAGCGAUUGGUCCCAUUGGCAUGCGUCACCCAAUCUAGCACCGCGUGAACUCCUAGAGAAGCUGCCCCAAACUUGGGUGGCCGUGUCCGAGCAGGACCUCUUGGCGCCAGAGGGUAUAGCUUUUGCCAAGCAGCUGCAGGAGCUAGGCGUAAAGACGGAGCUGCAGGUGCUCCAAGGCUGCACACAUUCGGUCCUGGCCUUGGACGGAGUCAUGGACAAGGGGAAGAAGCUGGUUGAGGAUGCUAUUGAGGCUGUUCGGACGUUUUUCAAAUAA